UCAACUAAACUACAUGCUGACUCAUCAUUUUGGUUAGCCCGCUUCAUACGAGGCCACCCUGCAUAGCCGGAACAGAAACCCUAUCUGCUCUUCCAAAAUCCCACUGCUGCAUUCCUCUCCCGUUUUCACCUGUAAUUCUUGCACGCCUCUCGCCGAAAAUGGAAACCCACCCGGCGAACCGUCUCCCUGAGGCAGAUGCACUUCCGGACGGCUUCGUUGAGAGCUCUUCGGAGGUUCCGCUGUCUGUCAACUCGCACGAUUCUCUGCGCGAUCGACCGGGCGAGCUGGGAGAUGGUUCGCCGGCCUUUCGGACAUCUGCGGAUGCUCUGCGGAGCGAUGGAGUACCGAAAAGUGAGGAAGGGAUUACUAGCAUCGGCAGCUUUACUGAUUCUUUUGCUGUAAAAGUUGUGGAUGUCGCUAGCUCUCACGAUUACAAAGAAAUGGAGCUCAUACAGGAUACGGGUCCAUGCUAUAGAGACGAGCAAGAGCAUUGUCAGAGUUCCGUGCAAGGUUGUUUAGAGUUGCAUUCUUGUACCCUCAAGGAAAGCCAUACAGAUGAUACCGAGUCCUUGACAUACCAAAAUAAACAGGUUAGUUUUACAACAUAUCACUUUGCGGGCUCUUAUGCGAACUUCUUUGGGUUCCUUUGGACUUUCUACAAGAUGGAAGCUUUAUUUGCGGAUUCUCCAAACUGCCAGAAGCUGUCGCAGAGCAGCAGGGAGGCGGGACCUUCUCAGGAUCGCGCUAGGAAGCGCACCCGUUUGUUCGCCAGAAACACGUGGUCGGGGGAAAGGGAAGGCACGGAAGGAGAGCAGAAAAAAAAAAAGCUUUCGGCAGUUUAUUUGGCAGGGAGUGCAGCCUUCGGCAGGAGCAGCUGGGCGGCGAGCAGAGGAGCACAUGGAGUUGGGCGUGGGGUCGUGAGGAAGAAAGGACCUGCUUCGAAACCACGCGACAGGAGUUGGCCCCAUUCAAAGAAGCCUAAGCGCUCCACCUGA